AGGAGGUUAUGAUGAGUCAGUCAUUUCCUUAACACUUUAUUCUCCUCCCCCUUCUCUCUCCUCCCCGCCCUCCAAUUUCGGAAUUUUAGGAAAAGGCUAGUUUUUUAAGACUGCAUUUGAGAGCCGGCCGGUCGGGAGGAAGUAAAUAGAAAAAUGGCUCUUGAAAGACACUGUGAUCGAGAUGACAAUGCUAUCAACCUUAUAGCAGUGGAGCUUCGAGAGGGCACACUUUAUUUCAAAGCGGAAGAUGAUGAUGACCUGGAAUCAGAUGUGUUCACUAAGUGUGAAGACUCCAAAGAUUCAGUCUUAAGAAACCAGAAGCACCAAGUUCUCAUGAUGACAAGUGAGGACACAGCUGUGUUUGAGACCAUGACCCAAGUAGAGAUUGAAGGAAAUGCACCCCAAACUAAAUUUGUGAUACAAACUUAUAAAGAGAGCACCCCCAGAGGUUAUGCAGUAGCUAUCAUGGUGAGGAACAAAAAUGAGACUUAUAUUCUGUCCUGCCAGGGCAAAGCUCUUAAAUUUCAGAAAGGUACUUUUCCACCUUGUAUUGAUUCUGAUGUGAGUGAUCUCAUAUUCUACCAAAAAAAGGUUAAAGGCCAUGAGAAGAUGCAGUUUGAGUCUUCAUUGUACCAGAAAUGUUUUCUGGCUUGUGAGAAGGAAUCUAAGUCGGGCCACUUUAAACUUGUUUUAAAAGAAGUCUGUCAAGAAGAGGAUGGGGUCACAUUGUUUACUGUUAAAAAUUUCUUGGAAAAAAAAGACAUCAAACCACUUUGAAAAAAUUUCUUGGGAAAACAGACAAAAAAAAUAUGAAUAGAAAAUAUAUUCCCAAACAAAAGUUCUAAAACAAUUCAUCCAUAUAAUUAAAAUUAUAAAAUCAAGAAAUAAACAUCUAGUAUAAUAAACAUAAUGUCAAUAACAAAAUAAAGGCAUCUAUAACUAUUGUAUCAUAGCUAGUCACACUGUGCCCCAGUUCCUUACUCUUACCCCUUCACAAACUCUGUGUUCUAAGUAAACAGAAUUAAUAACUGUUCCCUAUCAUUCUAUUUCUUACCAAUGUGCCAUGUAACAUAUAUGCCAUCCUUCAUGCCUAGAAUGCACUCCUUCUCAUCUCAUUUGGAUGUAUCUUGGCUUUUCUUCCAUCUUGGCUCAUUUCAGGUGCAUACCUGGAGCAUCCCCUAAGACCUCCUAUUGUCAUUAUCUCUCCCUUCUCAAAUAUUUUCAGAGUGCUUAGCCCAAUAGCUCCUUUGCCUUUCAUCUCCUGGCUCAAAAGACCCAAAACCUUGAUGUCAUCUUUCAUCUUCAUUGAUUCAACAAAUAUUUUCUUAGUAAUCAUUAUGUAUAUGGCUCCUAUCUCCUCUAUCCCUAUAUUUUGUCACCAAGUUCUAAUUAUUUUUUCCUUUGAAACAUCUCCUAUAUUCUUUAUUCCCUUUCCUUUUCUGUUCCCAUUACCUACACGCUGGUGCAUUUAGGUGUGAUGUGCUAGAGAAUGCUUAACAAUUGGCUUGGGGGGGGGAGGGGAAUGUAUGCAUGGCACUUACAUUUAAUUUGGAUUAUUGACAUUUUAACCAUUACUUUCUUAAGACAAUAAUCAAUAAAUAAUAAAGCAC